UGUAUUUCAAGUUCUGCCCACUGUUCGUAGUGGAUUGAAUGUUGGUAUGAGAACUCUUCUUCUCCAAGUUCACUGCUCUGUUUUCAUUCGGUUACUCUUCCGACAAUCAUUCUUCCCCCAAUGGCAUCUCCUCCUUUGUCGUCAGAGGCUGCAGCUCCAACUCCAACUCCUUCUCCAUCGACGACCACAGCUCAAGCCCUGGGCGACGAGCCCGUAAGCAAGAAUGCAUUGAAGCGUGAAUUGAAGAUCAGACAGAAAGAAGAGAGAAAGCGUAAGAAGGAAGAGAAGGCCAAAAAGCAAAAGCUCAGAAUGCUUAAGCUAACAAGCCUACAUCAGCUAAUGAUAAAGAUAUAGACUCCACUGUAAGUUUCAUAAUGUUUUUCAAUAGUAAUUUUAUUUUCUGAAAUAUUCCAUAUCUUUUUGGGUGCAACAAUACCUUGAGAACAGACUCAAGUACCUUGCAGCUCAAAAGACUGAAGGGAUUAACCCAUACCGCACAAGUUCUCUGUGACCAUGUCAAUUAGUCAAUAGAUAGACAAACAUGAGUCAUUGGAAAAGGGAGAGUAUCUUGACGAUGUCUCUGCCUAUUUGUCUCAUACUACCCCACCUAAUUCUUAGCAUUGUGUUUUAUGUGGUUUGUUUUUGUUAAUUUAUAACUUCUUAGUUUGUUUAUUUGAAUUCUAGGCCAGGUCAUGAUUAAACAUCUUUCGAGUUCCAAGCUUGUCUUCUAUGACUUGCAUGGUGGUGGCUUUAAUGUCCAGGUUAUCGCUGAAGCAAGGUAUAAAAUAGGAGAAAAGUUUUCAUACA